AUGUCAUAUCUAGCAACUGGAAUUGCGUUCAGACAAAUUGCUAUGAGUUUCAGAGUGUCAAAAACCAGUGUUAGUUAUAUUGUUAUUGAAGUUUGUCAGGCAAUUUGGACUACACUACGUGACGUACAUAUGCGAAGACCAUCUAUUACAGAUUUUGAAAAUACUGCAGAUGCAUUUUACAAUAAGUGGAACUUUCCAAACUGUAUUGGUAGCAUUGAUGGAAAGCAUAUACGAGUAAAAUAUCCAAAAAACUCUGGCAGUAUGUAUUAUAACUACAAACAUUUUUUUUCAAUCGUUCUAUUGGCUAUUGUUGAUGCCAACUACCGAUUUAUGUUGAUUGACAUUGGAGCAUAUGGUAAGGAUAGUGAUGGUGAUGUUUUACAUAAUUCAAAAAUAUACCAUCGUAUUGAAAAAGGAACAUUAAAAGUGCCUAAUACGAAAUUACUUCCGAAUACAACAAAUAUGCCACCGUUUGUAUUUAUAGGUGAUGAAGCUUUUCCUUUGCGAGAACAUUUGUUAAGACCAUUUCCGAAAAAACAAUUAGGUGACGAGGACAAAUCGUAUUAUAAUUAUAGGUUAUCCAGAGCCAGAAUGACCGUUGAAUGCGCAUUUGGCAUAGCGGCAUCAAAAUUUCGUAUUCUGCAAAAAUCAAUUGAAACGAAAAUCGAAAAUGCUGACCAUAUCGUCAAAGCUAUUUGUAUUUUGCAUAAUGUGAUUAUUGAUCUUGAAAAAAAUCAGGUGGAUUUAAAAACUAUAGAAACUGAAAAUGAAAUAUCAAGUACAAAUUAUUUGGAUAGUAUUCGAGGUGGCAGACAAGACCAACACUGA